GGGGCUCUCGAGUGCAGUGUGCAACAUUGCUAGGCAAUGUUGCUAUAUGUAGCUCUUGGACUUUCCAGAACAACACCAUAUCACUUUACCGUUUCUUUUCUAACAAGACAAGAGAAAGGCUUCGGCCGAGAAAAAGACACUUGAACCUCUUUCACACUCCGGAACAUCUCUCCAGCGCCAUCGCUCUGCCGAGGCAAAUCCUUUCGCAUCGGUCCCUGAGGAAUCAUUCCCACCACCUCAGAGAAACAGAACUUCAUCUGGCACAACACUCAAAACUCCGGGCCGUGUCAUUCGACCAGACAAUUCGUGGCAGAAGCACUCAUCUCAACGAAGCUCCGCAUCAUACACACCUCCAUCAUCGACCACAAGAUCACCUUCAUUCAAAGUCUGGCACAGACGAGAUUCUCUUGCAAAACUUGAAUCGACUGGUCCAAUCCUUCCACAGGAAUUCAACCCCGACUCCCUACCUGACUUUCUGAAGAAAUUCAACUCACGACAGUGGUCCAAACCUCGGACUCCUUUGUUCACCGACCCAUUUCACGCAUCUCCAACAUCACUCAAGAUGGAUCGUCUCCGGCCUGUGUCUGUCGCAAUGACGGCACAUUACAGAGAAGCUGUGCGGCUUGCAGAGGAGCAACAACGGGCUGUGACUGAGAAGUGCAAGCGGUCCAGACAGCCAGAGCCAGACUACACUUUCGAUGAGCUUAUUGGCAAGGGUAGCUUUGGAAGAGUGUAUAAAGGCCGCCAAAAAUCGUCAAACAAAGUCAUUGCCAUCAAGGUUCUCGACAUUGAUGAAGCAGACUUCCAUGCAUUUGGCGAGUCAAAGGAUGAACAAAUCCGGGACUUUCAACGAGAGAUCCGCAUCCUCCGACAGGCGCAAGAAAGCGGUGCUGAAAACCUGAACCAUCUCAUUGAAGCUUUGCCCGUUCACAGUCAAUUGUGGAUGAUUUGCGAGCACUGUCCUGGUGGCAGUGUCAAAACCUUGAUGAGAGCUACGAAAGAUCGACUUCAGGAAGAUAAAUAUCUUGUUGUCGUAGCAAGGGAGCUUGCCAAAGCGUUGAAGGGUCUCCACGAAGCUGGUAUUAUCCACAGAGAUGUUAAAGCUGCGAACGUUCUCAUUCAUGAACGCGGAUAUCUCCAACUUUGUGAUUUUGGUGUUGCCAAUAUCUUAGAAACCAGCACAGACAAAAGAAAGACAUUCAUAGGGACGUUGCACUGGAUGGCACCAGAAGCCUGGUCAGAAAACCCAGAGUACUCGGAUGAAGUCGAUGUCUGGGGAUAUGGCUGUACCUUGUACGAAUGCGCCGUUGGUCGUCCUCCAAACAGUGACUUGCGCGAACACCAAAAACUCAAAGUGCGAAUGAGGCGAUUGAAAGAAUCAAUUGGUCUCCCAAAGGAUCAAAAUUUCAGUGAAGGCCUCCGAGCCCUGGUCUCCUCAACCCUCACUCCCGAUGUUGCCUUACGACCUGAUAUGGCAAAAGUCUUACAACACGACUACCUGAAAGACACUGAAGAAACACACCCAACCUCAGUACUCUCCGAACUCGUCCUCACCUACUACCGAUGGGCAAAUCUUGGGGGUCAGCGAGUCUCUCUUUUCAUGCCUGGUGGCGCAGCCGCUGCUUCGACUGAAAACCUCGACGCCGACCUUGAAUCCGCAGAUGAAUGGAAUUUCAGCAUGACGGAAGAUUUUGAACGACGUGCCUCUGCGAUACUUGAAAUACCCGACUUUUCAAACGAAACCAUGGAAGGAGAAGAAACACCUCGAGGUCCUUCGAAACCCAGCGCCAGUUCUCCUCCUAUGACUGCCGCUCAGAAAGCAAACUUUGAAGCUCGCGUCCAACGCGGUGCAGACUUGUCUAACCUCUUCGACCCCAACAAACCCGCCUACGAAUACAAGACCAAGACAGACUUCAUCCCUAUCCCUGAACAGUCACGACGAAUAUCCGAUUUACCUUUUCGAGCCAUGGCAGAAGACAGACCAAGCUCAAUUGCGUCCAACGUCAUCGAUCUAGGCGACUUUGACGAAUCCGACUACGCGGUCGUCCCUGCACCAAAGACUGAUGAUAACAUUCAAACCACGUACGCUGCUACACCCAGGAGAGAAGAGACGAUAAGGCUUGCGGACGCUGCGACACUUAGAGAGAAGCGCGCGAAUUCCAAAGGUCCACGUGAACCCAUCAACCAAUCUGGUCAAUCUCUCACAGCGCGACGAACCUCGUCAGCAGAAGAAAUACCUUCCACAACGGCGACUUUUGACUUUGCGACAUCCCAAGAAGAAUGGACGGUCAAGAACAGAAGCAAAGCGCCCGAACUUCAAGAACCGGCUGAAAUCACAUCAUCUCGUCCCGGCCACGCAACCAUGGACUGGUCGUUUGCGUCGGCCAUGUCAGAAGCGUCGAUUCCACAAAUCAAUGAGCCAGAACCGUCAAUGGGAGAAAAAACUCCAAGUCGCGACGACGUUUCUGCUAUCACCGCCGAAUCUGAGCACAAGGCAAGAAAACAUGCGACGAUGGAAUGGUCAUUUUCCUCGGCCAUGGCCGAAGCAAACAAUACGACAUCGAGCGACGAUUACUACGGCAGCAGUGACACUAAUAACAUCAACAACAACAUCAACAUCGACAUCAACUCAUCUCCUCCAAUCGCUCCACGCAGUGCAUCGUCCCAAGCAGGAACGGCGGCACUUCCGUUGCCCACGUCGAGAGCCACCCCGACCCGCGCGCCGCUCAUGAGACAAAUGACCAUGCCCGUGACUUACGGCGACUUUGCCCAGGCCGAAGAACAAGAGAUCCCCCGUCCCUCGACGGCCCUGUCCGAGGCGUACAGCGACGUGAGCGCGUCGAGCACCGACAUUGACCCUUUUGGCCUGGAGCGGGAGGACGACGAGGACGACCACCCGGGUCCUGAGACCCUGGACGAGGACGUCGAGAUGGGACGCCACUACCAUUUCCGCGGCCGGAGCAUGUACUCCGACCGCGGUGGCGGCGGUGGCGACCCGAAGGUGACUCCCGCGGCCGCGACGCGGACCAUCACGACGACCGCCGCCGCCGCCGCCACAACGGGGCCCGUUUCCCCGACCGCCUCGGCGGGGGUGACGACUCCCAUGACCGCCAACGGUCCCGGUUUCGGUGGCGUCGGCCGACGACGGUCCUCGGGCGGCGGCUCCGGUGCCUCUGGUGCCUCUGGCGCCUCUCCUUCCUCCCCGGGGUUGAUGACGGCGGGCGGCGGAGGCCGUCCGGUCGUCGACGUCCCACCCGCAUCCCCCCCGGGCCUGGGGGCGAUGCAGGCCGGGGCGCCGACGGACCGGAUCGAGGCCGAGCUCACCCGGUUGCUCGAGGGCAUGCAGGGCACCCUGAACGCCGCCCGGGAGGUCGUCGGGGGUCUGGAGAAAAAGGCCCGCCAGGUGGAGAGUGAGUGGGAGGACGAGGAUUGA